ACCUGACCCGGUCUUCGGCAAUGCAAUGGCGGCACCCGUGCUGCGUUCGGGUUUCCCUGGAAGACGCUGGGCUUUAGCGUGGAUAGACGACUGUUCCCGCCUCCGAAGUGGCUCUCAAAUUGGGCCCAUAUCCAACUGGGCUAGGAGACAGAGUUCAGUGGCUCAGCCUUCCCUCCACACGGCUCAGAAGCCGAGGAAAGGUGAACACAAAUGGGCAGCUGUAGUAGGAUUGGAAAUUCAUGCGCAGAUUUCCUCCAACUCUAAACUCUUCUCUGGAGCUCAAGUAUGCUUUGCAGCACCUCCGAAUUCUUUGGUUUCUUAUUUUGAUGCAUCUCUGCCUGGAACUUUACCGGUUCUCAACAGGAGGUGUGUGGAAGCCGCAGUGAUGGCUGGCUUAGCACUGAACUGCCACAUAAACAAGAAGUCCUUGUUUGACAGGAAGCACUACUUCUACUCAGACCUUCCGGCCGGCUACCAGAUCACCCAGCAGAGGCUCCCGAUUGCUACCAAUGGACACUUGACCUACAGUAUCUAUCUAGGGAAGAAACACAGUCAGGUGACCACCAAGACAGUGAGGAUCAAGCAGAUCCAACUGGAGCAGGACAGUGGCAAAAGCCUCCAUGAUGACCUGAGGUCGCAGACACUCAUUGAUUUGAACAGAGCUGGAAUUGGCCUUCUUGAAGUGGUCCUGGAGCCUGACCUCUGCUGUGGAGAAGAGGCAGCCCUCGCUGUCAGGGAACUGCAGCUGAUCCUUCAAGCCCUGGGCGCCAGCCAAGCCAACAUGGCAGAGGGUCAGCUGAGAGUGGAUGCCAAUAUAUCGGUACAUCAUCCUGGAGAAGCCCUGGGCGUCCGGACUGAAGUAAAGAAUCUCAACAGCCUCAGAUUCUUGGCCAAAGCCAUAGACUAUGAAAUUCAGAGGCAAAUCACCGAACUUGAAAAUGGAGGUGAAAUUCUGAAUGAAACCCGUUCAUUUGAUUAUAAGCGGGGGUGCACCAUGCCAAUGAGAGACAAAGAAGGGAAACAAGACUACAGGUUUAUGCCGGAGCCUAACCUGCCCCCCUUAGUGCUCUACGAUGACACAUCUGUGCCACCAGAUGCAGACCCUCAGCAGGUGAUCAGUAUUGACCGGCUGAGGGACAUGCUCCCAGAGCUCCCCAGUGCAACCAGAGAAAGGCUUGUCCAGCAAUAUGGGAUGCUGCCGGAGCACAGCUUUGCCUUACUGAAUGAAGUUGGCCUACUGGAGUUCUUCCAGAAUGUGAUAAAAGAAACUAGGGCAGAGCCAAAAAAGGUGACUAACUGGGUCCUGAACACUUUUCUGUGCUAUUUAAAGCACCAGAAUCUCGCAGUCAGUGAGAGUCCUGUCACACCCUCUGCACUUGCCGAGCUCCUCGACCUGCUGGACAGUAAAGCAAUUUCUUCCUCAGCAGCUAAGCAGGUGUUUGAGGAGCUGUGGAGGGGAGAGGGGAAGACAGCAGCACAGAUCGUGUCAGAGCAGCAGCUGGAGCUCAUACAGGAUGAGGAGGCCCUGGAAGAACUCUGCCAGGCUACCAUAGAGGGACACCCCCAAGUGGUGAUGGAUGUGAAGAAAAGGAACCCCAAAGCCAUAAAUAAGUUGGUUGGGUUGGUCCGGAAAGCAAGCCUAAGCCGAGCAGACCCGGCUCUGAUAAAGGAGAUACUGGAGAAGAAGCUGUCACUGUGAGGCCUGUGAGGGCUGCCGUCCACGUGCUGUACAGAUUGUAUCUCUUAGUCCCUAGCCAAGCUCCAUCUCCUAGGAGACUAGGAGAUAACAACACUUUACACAUGCGUGUGUCCUCUCAGACCCCACGACCUGAGAGGCAGCCGUCAUGGAAGACCAGCAGCCAGAGCAUCAGCCUCACUCUCUGGAAAUGGUCCAUGAUGGUGGCAGCAGUGACUAAAGAAAUCGUCAUUCUAAAACUCAGAUGCCAUGGGUUCUUCCUAGAGCCCAGCGGUGGUCCCCAGCUGUACUGGCUGGGUUUGUGUGUCAACUUGACACAAGCUGGAAUCAUCACAGAGAAAGGAGCCUCCCGUGAGGAAAUGCCUCCAUGAGAUCCAGCUGUAAGUCAUUUUCUCAAUCAGUGAUCAAGGGGGAAGGGCCCAGCCCCUUGUGAGCGGUGCCGUCCCUGGGCUGGUGGUCCUGGGCUCUAUAAGAGAGCAAGCUGAGCAAGCCAGGGGAAGCAAGCCAGUAAGUAACAUCCCUUCAUGGCCUCUGCAUCAGCUCCUGCUUCCUAACCUGCUUGAGUUCCAGUCCUGACUUCCUUUGGUGAUGAACAGCAAUGUGGAAGUGUAAGCUGAAUAAACCCUUUCUCCCCAACUUGCUUCUUGGUCCUGAUGUGUGUGCAGGAAUAGGAACCCUCACCAAGAUCCAUCCUAAAGGGAAACCGUGACUAAGACCCAUCCGAAGGGCCAACGGACGAGAGCCAUGGCAGCAUGGGCAUGGCAAAGAAGAAACAAAGGAAAUGGGCAAGGAGGGGGCAGGAGGGUGCUGGCGCUCACCUGCACGUGUAGGCACUACUGCCUGCUCAGCUCCCAGUGCAUCAAGGUGACACUCAAGUUCUCACAUAAAUUUAAUGAAUAAAAUAUAUACCAAAAUAGCACAUAAAAAUUAACUUCCACUUAAGAGAUUGUAUAGUUUACACCCCUCCCACACACAAUGCCUAGACCAAAAAAAAAGAAAAAUUGAAGCAUUAAGUUGUUUACCUGGGAAGAAUAAGAUUAUAGUCUAAUAAAUCAGAAUGCUGACCUUUAA